UUAAAGCAAUCUAAAUUGACUGAACCUUCUCCUAAAAAAGUUAACAGAAAACUUAUUUUUGAUGGAAAAGAUGAUACAGUAGAGUCAGGCAAUGGUAAAAAAGUGAUUGAAAUAAAAGAAAAAAUUAAAAAACAAAAUGAGGCCUAUAAAAUAGUCGGGCAACUUUUGCUUUUAGAAAUGAACUGUUUAGAAUUUAAAUUGAAAGGGGAAAUGACAGGAGAAAUUGAAGAAGAAAGUGAAGAGGCUUUGUUGAAAAUUUAUUCUAUAAAACGUAAAAUUGAGCAUGAUAUUGAAUAUGGAUCAUUUGCUUUUGAACUUAAUAAGCUAUACAUUUGUAAUUAUUUUUAGUUUAAAUUACAAGAUUUUUAUGAAGCUAAAUAGUCGGAAUUAUUGUGUGAACAUUUACUUUUAUGGUCUAAAUUAGGGUCCUUAAGGGGUCUUUAAGUUUGGGAUCGGUGUUUGUAGUGUUACGAAUGGUGGAGUCGGGUCGGGCUUGGCAAAUCAUCCGGCAUAAGGGUACCGUACUACCUAGCGUGAUUGUUAUUUCUAUUAUUAUAUUUGUUAUUCCGGGUCAGUCAAAUUUUGAAAUUCAUUUGUAUUUAUCGGUACGGUAUUACGUUA